AGAAAAAUAAGUUGUUCGAAUUAACUCGCUGGAAAUGAUCGUAGAAAUUGAAGAGGACUCGCGAGAUUUUACGACGGUCUACAAGAAAGAUUAUCUGGGAGAGAAAGGUGAAAGGCCAAUUGGAUACAGACCGUUACCCAAGUAUCGAUCACCUUUGAACAUCUUGAACGGUCCAUACAAGCAGUAUCUGAAUACACGACUGGAAAAUCGAUCAUUGCCUGAAAAUGAACGAAGCGAGGAUCCAUUAGACACUUUAAAUAGAAUACGAGACAAGUUUCCCCAUCUAAGAAACGUCUUACCAGAACUCGUACCGAAUGAAAACGUGAUAGAACGCGAGAAAAAGAAAUCAACAAAGACUAUGUAUCAAUUGGAUUACUCGAGAGAUUUUGAUCGUGCUCGUAUAGACAUAACGUUACCGCAAGAUUGGGUUAUAGCAGAGACAAUUCAAAGACAAGCAUAUAGAAAUCCGUGGAUAAUUGCAUCGCGAGACUUGAUAAAACCACCAAAAAUUGCCAAACCGCGCAACAAUUUAGAUCCUAAUCUCAAAGAAAGAGAAAUUCUUCGUGUAACAACCGGCAAUUCCGAGUAUUCUAAUACAAUCGGAAUAACAGGGGAAAGGAUUACCCUAAAAAGUCCCUUAAAUAUGAAAGAAUAUAUUGCGUUGCAAAAAUCAUUAACGAGUCCUGAAAUCACUGAAUCGGAAUGUUCAUUGAUAUUGAAACAAAAUUUAAGUCUCCCGUCGAAAAUAUUCUAA